GAGGGCGGGGCUGGUCGGCGGCAUGAAGGUGUGAGAGCAGCAGCGCACGGACCAGAGAGAGUGUGCUAGCCCUCUGAUAUCUCAAAAUGCCAUUAGUGAAAAGAAACAUAGACCCCAGGCACCUGUGUCACACGGCACUGCCCAGAGGCAUCAAGAAUGAACUGGAAUGUGUCACCAAUAUCUCCUUGGCAAAUAUAAUUAGACAACUGAGUAGUCUAAGUAAAUAUGCUGAAGAUAUAUUUGGUGAGCUUUUCAAUGAAGCACACAGUUUCUCCUUCAGGGUUAACUCCUUACAAGAACGUGUGGACCGUUUAUCUGUCAGUGUUACACAACUUGACCCAAAGGAAGAAGAACUGUCAUUGCAGGAUAUUACAAUGAGAAAAGCUUUCCGGAGUUCCACAAUUCAAGAUCAGCAGCUGUUUGACCGCAAGACUCUGCCUAUUCCUUUGCAGGAGACUUAUGACACUUGUGAACAACCUCCCCCACUCAACAUACUCACCCCUUACAGAGAUGAUGGAAAAGAAGGUUUGAAGUUUUACACCAAUCCUUCAUAUUUCUUUGAUCUAUGGAAAGAAAAGAUGUUGCAGGACACCGAGGACAAGAGAAAGGAAAAGAGAAAGCAGAAGCAGAAGAAUCUAGAUCGCCCUCAUGAACCGGAAAAAGUGCCCAGGGCGCCUCAUGACAGACGGCGAGAGUGGCAGAAGUUAGCCCAAGGUCCAGAGCUUGCUGAGGAUGACGCUAAUCUCUUACAUAAGCACAUUGAAGUUGCUAAUGGCCCAGCCUCGCAUUUUGACUCAAGACCUCAGCCAUAUGUGGAUCAUAUGGAUGGAUCCUACUCCCUUUCUGCAUUACCCUAUAGUCAGAUGUCUGAACUUCUGAGCAGAGCUGAGGAGCGAGUGUUGGUCAGACCACAUGAGCCUCCACCCCCUCCACCAAUGCAUGGUGCAGGAGAUGUGAAACCUAUACCUCCUUGUAUUAGCUCCACCACAGGUUUGAUAGAAAAUCGUCCUCAGUCACCAGCAACAGGCAGGACACCAGUGUUUGUGAGCCCCACACCCCCCCCUCCUCCUCCUCCUCUUCCAUCUGCUUUGUCAACUUCUUCACUGAGAGCUGCAAUGACUUCCACCCCUCCCCCACCCAUACCUCCACCACCACCACCUCCAGCAGCUGUUUUGCAAGCACCAGCAGUGCCACCUCCACCAGCUCCUCUCCAGAUUGCUCCUGGAGUUCUUCAUCCAGCUCCUCCUCCAAUUGCACCACCUCUAGCACAGCCCUCUCCUCCAGUCACUAGAGCUGCCCAAGUAUGUGAAGCUGUACCAGUUCAGCCAGUUCCACAAGCUGAAGUGCAAGGACUUCCUCCUCCCCCCCCACCUCCUCCAUUGCCUCCCCCUGGCAUUCGACCCUCAUCUCCUGUCUCAGUUGCCACCCUCUCUCACCCUCCCACAACCAUUGUUCCUGGCCCUCAUGCUCCACUGAUGCCUCCAUCUCCACCAUCCCAAGUGAUUCCUGCUCCUGAACCCAAACGCCACCCAUCAACUCUACCUGUAAUCAGCGAUGCCAGAAGCGUUCUACUGGAAGCAAUACGAAAAGGUAUUCAGCUACGCAAAGUCGAAGAGCAGCGUGAACAAGAAGCUAAACAUGAGCGCAUUGAGAAUGAUGUUGCCACUAUAUUGUCUCGCCGCAUUGCUGUGGAAUACAGUGAUUCAGAAGAUGAUUCAGAGUUUGAUGAAGUGGAUUGGUUGGAGUAA